GAUAUAUCGAAAUGAUAUUAUCGAUUAGCGAUUAUCGAUAGUUGCUAAAGAUGAGCGACUAUUAGAGACAACUUUAUUGGUUAUAGGUUAUAGUUUUUCAAUCCGAAGGUUUUGAGUUUAAAUUGUGAUAUUAUUUUAUUACACUAUUCUUUUAAUUGUACCGAUGAUAGUAUAAUAAUAAAGUGAUUGUUUGAUUCGACUUAUUAAUUAAUCGUAGAAAUCCAGUUAUGUCGACGAAUGAAGAUAAUAUAAAUACCAAAAUAAAUACAGAUGGAAAGAAUAAAGAAACAAUAUUUUGUACUUUCUGCCCGUCUAAGAUACUUAAUAUAGGAGCAGCUACUUUUAUUAUAAUGGAGUUUGCACUACCACACAUACAUUCCAAGGGAGAAGGGGAAGGCAAUCAACAAGAAACAAUAACAGAAUAUUGGUUAAUUGAAGAUAUGUACACGUUUGAAAAUAUUGGAGUAUCUCAUACAGUAGGAAAUAUAAAAUAUUUAGCGUGUGCAGAUUGUGAGAGAGGUCCAAUAGGUUGGCAUGAUUUAGCAACGAAGAAAUCUUAUAUCGCUUUAUCUAGAGUUAAACACGAAUAAUUAAUUUGUAAGUUUGAUUUUUUUUUUUAAUUUUAUAAAACAAAAACAGAAUUAACAAGUAUUCUGGUUGGCCUAUACAAAUUUGUAACUUUAUAAAAGAAUAUUUACCAAAGACAA